AAUAGAUUUGACUGAUUCCCGUCUUCAGGUCAUUGAGGAUGCUCCUUCAGAACUCAUAGAUGCUCUGUAUUCGACAGCAGGUUCAGAUGGGCCUCUUAUCAUAACAGAAGAAGAAAAUGCCACAGUUUCCAGGGUUGUUGAUUGUCCAAGUGAAUGGCAGUAUGCUGCUUUAUUUGUUGAUGAAGAGCUCAGUGAAAGCUUUGAAGAUCCAAUACCCCUUUCCACUGGUAGUGAAACAUCCCACCAUGAACGUGAUGGUCUCAGAUGACUAUUUUUAUGCGGGUAUGACUAUUGCAACAUCACUGGUUCAUGGAGGACCUGGCCCACAGUUCUUAUCACCAGUACUUUUUGAGGCGCUUUCAAGUACACCCGAGUCCAUAUUUGUGGCAGGGCAAGAUAUCCCUGAUAUGGACAUAAGGAACUAUCUGGAGAAGCUUCUAACUUACCAGGAUGAACAUUCAAACACAGCAAACUUAUUUGAACCAAUCCAAACUCUGAUACAGCUGGCUGGAACACACAAAGUUAUCCGUAAUGCUGAUGAUUAUCGCAAGAUUGCUGAAGAAACUGCACAUUGGUACAUUUUUGGAAGAACACAGGCAGCAUUUGAGAGGUACACUCAUUCUGCUCAGCCCUGCCCUGUCCUACUCGGCCAUGUGCACUUGGCCCCCUACAUGGCUCUGUUCUGCCCUUUUCUGCCCUGCCCCGCUCUGCUCGGCCAUGCACUGCGUUUGGCCCUGCUUUUAAUUCUUAUUAAACAAUGCAAAGCUGCAAUGUAG